CCAGCCAGCAGCACCAUGUCCGCCGCGCAGGUGUCCUCGUCGCGGAGGCAGUCAUGCUACCUAUGCGAUCUGCCCCGCAUGCCUUGGGCCAUGAUCUGGGACUUCACGGAGCCCGUCUGCCGGGGCUGCGUUAAUUACGAGGGCGCCGACCGCAUCGAGUUCGUGAUCGAGACGGCCCGGCAGUUGAAGCGGGCGCACGGCUGCUUCCAGGACGGUCGCUCCCCGGGCCCCCCGCCGCCGGUCGGCGUGAAAACAGUGACGCUCUCCGCCAAAGAAGCGGCGGCGGCUGCGGCCCAGCAGCAGCUCAACCAUGUGGAUGCCACCUCCAAGGCGGCCUCGGCGGGGCUGACCCAGUCCAGCCUGGACCGCUACGGGCUCAGUGCCGCCGCGGCGGAGCAGCGCAGCCGCUUCGAGUACCCGCCGCCGCCGGGCAGCCUGGGCAGCAGCCAUGGCGCCCGCCUGCCCAACGGGCUGGGGGGGCCCAAUGGCUUCCCCAAGCCGCCCGAGGACGGGCCGCCGGAGCUGAACCGGCAAAGUCCCAACUCCUCCUCCUCCUCUUCCUCCUCCCGUCGCGGGGCGCACGGGGGGCUCGUGUCUGGUCUGCCCCCGGGGGCCGCCGGCGCUCAGAUGAACGUGCCCCCCAACCUGCUGCCGCAGACGCUGCUGAACGGCCCCGCCGCCUCCGGCGUGGCGCUGCCUCCGCCGCACGGGGGCCUGAGCGGCCGCGGCGGCGGGGGUCCUGCCGCUCCCUCCGCCUCUUCCCAAGGGGGCACCUGCGGCGGCGGUGCCGGGGGAGGCGGCGGCUCGUCCUCCGAGGCCUGCGGCAAGCGGCCGGGCUCGGUAUCCAGCAGUGACCAAGAGCGGGAGCUGAAGGAGAAGCAGCGCAACGCCGAGGCGCUGGCCGAGCUCAGCGAGAGUUUGCGGAAUCGGGCCGAGGAGUGGGCCAGCAAGCCCAAGAUCGUGCGGGACACGCUGCUCACUCUGGCCGGCUGCACCCCCUACGAGGUGCGCUUCAAGAAGGAUCACGCCCUGCUGGGCCGCGUCUUUGCCUUCGACGCCGUCUCCAAGCCGGGCAUGGACUAUGAGCUGAAGCUCUUCAUUGAGUACCCCAGCGGCUCCGGCACCGUCUUCUCCAGCGCCUCCGGUGUGGCCAAGCAGAUGUACCAGGACUGUAUGAAGGACUUCGGCCGCGGCCUCUCCUCGGGCUUCAAGUACCUGGAGUACGAGAAGAAGCACGGCUCUGGCGACUGGCGGCUCCUGGGGGACCUGCUGCCCGAGUCCGUGCGCUUCUUCAAGGAGCUGGUGGGCGCCGACAUGCUGCCACAGCCCUACCUGGACGCCAGCUGCCCCAUGCUGCCCACGGCGCUGGUGAGUCUCCCGCGGCCGGGGGCCGGGGCCGGCGGGGCGCAGGGCACGGCCGCCGCCUCUAGGGGACCUGGCGGCGGCGGCGGCGGGGGGCCUCACUCCAACCGGACCACGCCACCCGAGUCCGCCCCCCAGAACGGACAGUCCCCCAUGGCCGCGCUCAUGUCGGUGGCCGACACACUGGGCAAUGCCCACUCGCCCAAGGACGGCAGCUCGGUGCACUCCACCACGUCCACCCGCAGAAACAGCAGCAGCCCCGUGUCGCCGGCCUCGGUGCCGGGCCAGCGCCGUCUAGCCUCCCGCAACGGGGACAUGAACCUGCAAGUGGCCCCUCCUCCCCCCAGCACCCACCCCGCCAUGGACCAAGUGCACCCCCAAAACAUUCCGGACUCCCCCAUGGCCAACAGCGGGCCCCUGUGCUGCACCAUUUGCCACGAACGCUUGGAGGACACCCACUUUGUUCAGUGCCCCUCUGUGCCCAGCCACAAGUUCUGCUUCCCUUGUUCCAGAGAGAGCAUCAAGGCCCAAGGGGCGACUGGCGAAGUCUACUGCCCCAGUGGAGAGAAAUGCCCCCUAGUCGGUUCCAAUGUGCCUUGGGCAUUUAUGCAGGGCGAGAUCGCGACCAUUUUAGCUGGGGACGUUAAAGUGAAAAAGGAGAGAGACCCUUGAGUAAGAAAUCCAAUCCCUUCAGACUCCUGAAGAUGUAGAAUUGUGAAUAUAACAAACUGCAAAAGUUAGUCUUAUGUAUAGACAUUAUUUUCGUCGUAUGUUUCUAUAUUUUGAAACAAAGGUAUGUACUCUUCUUCAUUUGAAGGAUAGAGCUGGUUUUUGUUAAACAGAAUAUAAUAUUGUUUGGUUACUACAUAAUACCUGUUCUCAUUUCUUUGGCAGUGUGUUGGCUAGGUACAAAGUUAAUAGCCCUUAGCGAUUACCUGCUGCUGGUGUGUAUUUUUGUAAAUGUAUGCACUUCUCUGAAAGAAGAAGAAAAACACAAAAGACAAAAAAAAAAUUUUGCCAAGGCCAGUGUUGAUGCCUAAAAAAUUGCUACAAAAAUGGUGACAGCUUACGUUUUACAAGCCCUGAGUGUUAGUCUUUCACUUUUUUUUUUUUCCCCGUUUUUGUUUUUUCGUUGAAAAACGGUGGGGUGGCUAUGGGGGGAGGGUAUUUUUUUUGUUGCAAGUUUGUAAGGAAAAUGUUUCAGUUUGUUUCUAUUGAUCUGAACGUUUUUAAUCUUCAUGUGUUUUUUGUUUUUGCUUUUAUUGAUGCACGGAUGCUUUUGAACAGUAGAGCAAAAUGCUGUACAUGAGAAACAUGCUCUGUUUGUCCUUUAUACAUUUCUGUAGUUAACAGAACACUGUAAUGUGCCUUGGAGCUUAGUAAAUUGUAAUAAAUUCAAUUGAUAUUAAUACUUCUUGAGUAACAAGUUUUAUUUUUCUCUAAGCUUAGGCAGUAUGCGCAAGCCAUGUUGCCUUUUUCAAGGUCUCCAUUAUACCAAGAGUCUGCAGUUCGUUGUGAUAAUUGUGACACUUGUAUGCACAUUUUCACUUAUAUGUAGUAAGAUGAUGAUGUUGAUGGUGUUAUCAAACUUACUUAAAUCUUGGCACUGUGCCUAUUUACAUUUCACCUUUAAAGUUGCAGUAACGGUUGCUGACUAAGCAUUUUCUAUUUACUGUUCCUGCAUCUCAUUUCCUCCUCCCUUCUCCUCCCCCCCCCACCAGCUCUCCAGCUGCAAGCUGUUUGCAGUACAGGACGCAUACAUUGCCUGCCCAAUUUAACAAGGCUUGAGAUUUAAAAUGAAGCCCUCUUUUCACUAAAAAAGCCCCAGCAUCAGGUGGUUAAUAAUUUUAGUUGAUUUUAAAGAGUGGUUGUCAAAGUUUGAUAUUAGCCACAAACUCAUGGUAAGGCAGGACUGUAGCUGAACAGAGCACAAAAAAGGGUAGCAUGAAAUAACAGCUUCUACAGUUGGUGUUGCAGCUGGUGGGUUGCUACCCUAUUUUGGCACUGGCUUUUCAUAACUUGGAUUGAUGAACAGUUCAGGGGCUUUAUUGUGUUUUCAGGCGAGGAAGCUUCCUUUAAGCUCUGAAGUGAAUGCUUUCUUUUUGGCAAUGAUUAUAUGUGAUUCUUUGUAUAAUUAACUGUGCUGUGUGACAUUGGCAUUUUCUGGAGAUAGGGGAGAAGUGUAAUACCUGUUAAGUGAUCAACAGGCAAAGUAAAUACACAGGCCUCAUGCUAGCUAGAAAAUGCAAACAAACCUAAUGUGAACUUUGUCCUUUCCAGUGAGGCAAAUGGAAGAAAGAGGUGAAAACCUGAAAUAAAACCAGCAGCAGGGCAGAAAUUCUUUGCAGUUUGACCAGCAGAACAUAGAGCUGCUCCAAAUGCAACAGUAUCAUAGGUUAUGAGCUCUUAGUUUUACUCUAUGGUAAGGAUCCCCUCUGCCAAAGCCCCGUAGUUAUAUAAAGGGAAGUCUGAAUGGCAUUUGGUAUCUGCUUCGUCUUAAUACAUACUUGAUUUGCAUUCCUGAUGGGAAGGAUGGUAGAAGCCUUGAGACUAUAUGCUUAGUGUGCCUACAGAUCUUUGCAGUCUUGUAUAGAUACACACUCUGGCUGUUUCAUGUGUGUGGGGAGGGGGUGGGGUUUGUUAUGUUUUGAGAUUUAGUAUUUGACAUCACUAUAUCUGUGAUUUCAGACAAUGACUUUGUGUGUGUGUAUAUCUUUAUUUCUCUUCUGCCAAGUGAUAUAUCGGUGCUUAAAAAUCUCCAAACAUACUGUUCUUAUGUAAUGGAUCAAAGAAAUAAUGCAGAAAAAGAAUGUUUUGAGUUAAUUGUUAGAGUCAACCUUUAUUAUUUAAUUGUUGGAUACAACUUACAUGUUUUUUAAGAGUAUGAAUUUGUACUGAUCCCGUUUUCAGUUAUUUCUAAGCAUGCAAUUCUCACACAGCAGUUUAUUUUUAAAUUGUGGGAUAGGGAGACUAACAUUGUAAGCUCAUGACUGGCAGAGAAAAAAAAUUGUACACAUGGUUGAAAUUCAAGUUUAAACUUAAGGACAAGUAAUGUUCCUGUGUGAAUGCAAUUGCCAUUAAAAGAGAAGAACUACUGGCUAUUCAACAUUUAAUUAUAUCACAGAAGCGUGAAUACCCUGAUUUAUAUAAACAGAACCACUCCUGUAAUAUUGAAAUCAUUUAUCAGUAGUUAUAGCUAGAAAAAGAUC